AUGAUGAUGAUGUCUCUGAACAGCAAGCAGCCCUUCAGCAUGCCCCACGGCAGCGGCAGCCUGCACGAGCCCAAGUACUCGGCGCUGCACACCGCCUCCCCCUGCACCUCCGCCGCCCCCUCGGCCAGCUCCCCCAGCAGCACCAGCAGCGGGGCCGGCAGGAACAGCACCAGCACCAGCACCAGCUCGGAGGCGAUGAGGCGAGCCUGCCUCCCAACCCCCCCGAGCAAUAUAUUCGGCGGUCUGGAUGAGAGUUUGCUGGCCCGCGCUGAAGCCCUGGCGGCGGUGGAUAUAGUUUCCCAGACCAAGAGCCACCAUCAUCACCCGCCUCAUCACAGCCCCUUCAAGCCGGACGCUACUUACCACACCAUGAACACCAUCCCUUGCACCUCUGCUGCCUCCUCCUCGUCGGUGCCCAUUUCCCACCCGUCAGCACUGUCCGGCACUCACCACCACCACCACCACCAUCACCACCACCACCACCAGCCUCACCAGGCUUUGGAAGGGGAGCUUUUAGACCACAUCACUCCAGGGCUGGCGCUGGGGGCCAUGACCGGACCCGACGGCUCGGUGGUCUCCACGCCAGCUCAUGCGCCUCACAUGGCCAGUAUGAACCCUAUGCACCAGGCGGCUCUAAGCAUGGCCCAUGCCCACGGACUGCCUUCUCACAUGGGAUGCAUGAGCGACGUGGACGCAGAUCCCCGAGAUUUAGAAGCUUUUGCGGAGAGGUUCAAGCAGAGGAGGAUCAAGCUCGGAGUGACCCAGGCAGAUGUGGGAUCUGCCCUAGCCAACUUGAAGAUCCCAGGGGUAGGCUCACUGAGCCAAAGCACCAUCUGCAGGUUUGAGUCCCUUACCUUGUCCCACAAUAACAUGAUCGCCCUCAAACCCAUCUUGCAAGCCUGGCUAGAAGAAGCAGAGAAAUCUCACCGGGAGAAGCUCACCAAACCAGAGCUCUUCAACGGAGCAGAGAAGAAGAGAAAGCGCACCUCUAUCGCUGCACCUGAGAAGAGGUCCUUGGAAGCCUAUUUUGCCAUCCAGCCACGUCCUUCCUCGGAAAAAAUAGCGGCCAUCGCAGAGAAACUAGACCUCAAGAAGAACGUGGUCCGGGUCUGGUUCUGUAAUCAGAGACAGAAACAGAAACGAAUGAAAUAUUCCGCUGGGAUUUAA